AUGGCUUUGAGAGUAAUUGGUUUCAAUGAUCCAAUUUUCUCAGGUCUUCAAGACAUGUUCGAUGUAUCAGACCAUGAUGUUGAAAAAUCAGUGAACACACCAUCAACGAAGUAUGUAAGAGAUGCAAAAGCCAUGGCAGCUACCAAGUCAGAUGUGAUUGAGUAUCCAGAUUCAUAUGUGUUUGUACUUGACAUGCCAGGGCUGAAAUUAGAAGAAAUCAAGGUUCAAGUGGAAGAGAAUAACGUUCUUGUAGUGACCGGAAUGCGACAAAGGGCAGACGAGAAGGAGAAAGAAGUCAAAUAUGUGAGGAUGGAAAGAAGAAUUGGGAAAUUCAUGAGGAAAUUCAUGCUUCCAGAAAAUGCUAAUCUUGAUGCAAUUCCAGCUAUUUGUGUUGAUGGUGUUCUUACCAUUACCGUCCAGAAAUUGCCUCCACCGGAACCUAAGAAGCCAAGGACUAUCCAGGUUCAAAUUGGGUCGCGCUGCACUUGCUAG